UAAAUAAUUAUAAAGGGGCUGAGGGUCUAUAGCUCAGUGGUAGGGUGCUUUUAUAACAUGCACACACAAAGUGUAAAGUUAAAAUAGAAUAGACAUUUUCUAGAUCUGAUAUAAGCCUGGCUGAGGGGAGGUAAGAAAAUCAACUGAAAUAAAAUAAGGAAACCAGUAAAGAACCUAGAAAGGAAAAUUAUUUUUAGUCAAUAAUUAGAUAAGACAGCAAGCAGGAAAGCCAACGCAGGGUCCGCAGGCCACCAGAAAGUUCCACAAGCUUUAGGCAUGCGCAGAAGAUGCUUGCUGAAUGGUCUGUCUCAGUGCAAUGACGCAUCCAGUGGCGCGCGUCUAAUGACGUGUGCAGUGACGUCCAACGCAUGCGUCUGCCGGGAAACAGCACUUAACGCCUCGCCUCAGACGACGGCCAGCUCUUCUCCGAAGCGCACGCUUUUCGUCGAGCUCUCGGGUUUGUUUAAUUCUGUUGUUUUGUCAUUGUUAUGUUGUUUUGUCAUUGUUGUCCUUGUUUCUAAGCACGCAAGUGCGUGCUUUUCUUCCCUGAUUAUUUUUCUACUCCACAGCCAUCUCCCACCGGCUUGCUACCCAGUACCGCUACGUGGGUCUCAGCCAUGGCCUCAGAGAAUCUUCUCUGUAUCACCACAGAAAAUGCAGAGAUUCCUGCUGAUUUUGUAGACCUGAAGCCACAUAAUGUAGAAGCGGUUUCUGUGGAAACCAGCUCAUUCCCGACCAUCGAAGUGUACGGAGACACAAGUGUCGAUUGGGCGCGUGGUGGCCACUGCCACUCUCCUUUUAUCGCUCUGCAGCCUCUUGAGGGCACCCUGAGUAAUGGGGAGCACGAUCAGGAUAUGAUCAUCAUCGAGACACGAGAGGAGGUGGUGGACUUCCAGUACUCAGACAACCUGCUAUUCAGUUCUGAAUUCGAAAGCCAAAUGGCUGUUCCAGGUAUUGAUGAAGAUCCCUAUCUCCAGCCGACCAAUGCCUCCUUGUCAGGCUUCGUGGCGGCAGAGAACGAUCAAGGUGAGCUCAGUCGCUAUGAAGGGAAUCUCUGUAGUUUGACGACCACUAUCGAGGCUGGCGUACAAGAAGGUGUGAGCCGUGACCUGGGCGGCAAACAAUGGGAGCAGAAGCAGGUGGGAAUAGAAGUUCUUGAGGGAGAAUUACCCUCCACCGUGUGGGAGGCCAAUGGACAAAAAAAUCCCGUGCCCAAAAGGCAGGCUGACGACUCACCUCCUGAUUACUCUGCGUAUAUGACGGGAAAAAAAUUUCCUCCUGAAGGAAUACCUGGCAUUGACCUGUCUGAUCCCAAACAGCUGGCAGAAUUUACAAGCAUGAAGCCCAAAAAGCCCAAAGGAGACUAUCCAAGACCUAUAGUUUGCUCUCAUACAGGCUGCGGGAAGAUGUUCAAGGAUAACUCCUCUAUGAAAAAGCACUUAAACAUCCAUGGGCCUCGAGUGCAUAUCUGUACAGAAUGUGGCAAAGCUUUUGUUGAGAGUUCGAAGCUGAAGCGUCAUCAGCUGGUUCACACUGGAGAGAAGCCCUACCAGUGUACCUUUGAAGGCUGUGGAAGACGCUUUUCCCUUGAUUUCAAUCUGCGCACUCAUGUCCGAAUUCAUACCGGAGACAAGCCGUUUGUGUGCCCGUUUGAUGGCUGCAACAGGAAGUUUGCUCAGUCGACCAACUUGAAAUCGCAUCUCUUAACACAUGUUAAGAGCAAGUAAAAAGAAGUGAGAAGAUCCUUCUGAAGCCUGGGAAGUAUUUUACAGUGAUGUGCCUGGGAAUAAUAUGCCUCUUGUUUGAAUAGUUUCUAGGAAAGUUAUUGCAAAUGAAUUCUACAGAUCUGAGGUUUAUCUUUUGAUAGAGUAAAAGUUAAAAGUUUUAUGUUGAUUAGAUGCCCCAUUUUGUGCUGCAGUGAAGUUUUGUUAAGUUUGGUUUCAACAGGAUAGACUAACCUCACAUUGAUGCUAUGUGUUUAGUACUAAUAUACUUUUCGAAGCUUGGUUUCAACUAAUUCACGAACCUCAUAUUGUUGCUAAAGAUGACUUUUUUUUGCUGGAGUUCUUCGUUUCAACAGGAGACUAAAUCGUGAACUUCAUAUUGCUAAAAUACCCUGUCUUCUGCAGUAGUAUUUUUAUGAAACUGGUUUCAACAAGAUACUAAUUCACAAACUAGAUAUGCUAAAGUGACCGCUUUUAGUCCACAGGGGUGUUUUUAUGAAACUCGCUUUCAACAGGAGACUAACUCAUGAACCACUUUGUUUCUAAAGAUGGCCUGUGUUAUUUUGCUUUGAAGUGUUUAGAGAAGCUUGAUUUCAACGUAGAAUAACUCACAAACCUCAUUGUUGCUAAGAUGCUCUGUGUUUUCUGUGAGGUGAUUUUUUUUUGUGUGGUUUGGUUUUCAACAGGAUACUACAUCAUAAACCUCAUAUUGCUAAGGUAUUCUGUCUUCCUCUGAUGUGUUUUUAUAAAGUUUGAACAAGAGAUGGUUUCAUAUGCUAAAAUGACUGCUUUAUUCUGUGGUGGCGUUUUUAUGAAACUUGCUAAUUCAUGAUCCUCAUAUUGCUAAGGUGUCCUGUAUUAUUCUACAGCAGUGUUAUUGUAAAGUUGGUUUUGACAGGAUAAUAAUUCAUGAACCUCACAACAUAAUGAUGUUAAUAUGCCCUGUUUUGUUCUGCAGUGGUGUUUCUAUGAAGUUUGGUUUUAACAGGCAACUAAUUCACAAACCCAUAUUCUCAAUAAGUGGCCUGUCUUAUUUUGCAGUCGUGCUUUUGUGAAGUUUGGUUUUGGCAGGAGAAUCACUCAUGAAAUUCCUGUCAAAUUACAUUUCUUUAUACAACUGUGUUAAAAAUGUGACUUUUGCAUUCUUAUUAAUAUGAAGUUUACUUACUAAUAUUUUUAAUUGUGUGUUCUAAGUGCUCAUGUUUACUUUUAGGAAUGUGCUUAGUAAUUGUAUAUAUGUUUUCUGUGGAGUUGAUGUUGUAAAAUAUAGUCUUUAAAGCAUGGGCAGUUUUGUACAUACAUAUUCUGAUAAAUGUUAUAGGUUUGUUUGCUGUCUUAAUUUUAGCAGUAUUCCUUGAUGUCAAGACAUUUUUUGUAAAUUUCUUUUAGCUGUAUUAUACAGUGUAGAAUAUUAGAUGAUUUAAUCAUAUUAGCCAGUUUAAGCAACUUUUAAUCACUUUAUGCCUUCCCCUUAUACUGCCUAAGGUGCUGUUGUUGAGUAUAAUUUCUUUGAUCAAUUGAGAAUAGUGUUUGAUUUAAUAAUAUUUUGUCUUCAAAUCGAUUGCAUGUUUGGUGUGUACUUUUGUGUGAUAGAAAAAGCAAAAAUAAAGUAACGGUUUGGAGCGUUAAAAACAGCUUGCUUGUGUGAGUAUGUUAGCUAGAAAAUAAGAGGAAAGUGUUGCUGGUGUCAGGUCAGUAACAUCAGUAAUAGUAAUUCCAACAGAACAUCUGGUAGUGCACGGAACAGUGACAAAAAUUAUUUAGCCAAACUGUCUUUUGUGUCACUAUUAAAAAACUGUGCUCUUGAGAAAGCAAAAGUGGUAAGAAGUAUUUCGGAAGUAUACUAGUAAACAAAGCAUUAACGGCCAAGAGUUUGUUUAGAUGAGUGACACGUGUCUGCUUCACACAUGUCCGUUUUCGCCUAGCCAUCAUUGGCAAAUUCAGAAUUUAGAGGGUAAUAGUACCAACUGCAAGCUUGAAAGACAAUUGAGAAGUACCCAUAAAGUCGAGAAACCAGUGCUGUCAUGUGACCCCACAUUUGUUCACUUGUCCAUGCCUGUUUCUUUUACUAGCGACAGGGCAGUAUUAUGAAUUAGUUUGUUCAGAGAAAAUGCUAGUGCGUGAAAUAAAGAGGGGGAUUUCCUUGGUUUUGAUUGUUCUGCUUGUUUUUUAGACAAGAUCUUGCUCUGUAGUCCAGGCUGCCUUGAAUUUUCACAAUGUAGUCCUUGCUGGCCUGUAACUUACAGCAGUUGUGCCUCAGCUUCCCAAAGGCUGAGAUUAUAGGCAUAACCCUCCAGGUUUAUAUUGAUUUAUCUUUAUUUUUUAAUAUUCUGUUUGAUGAGGUUAGGAAAGAGGUGGGUGUGGCCAUGUGCAUGCUGUGACAUACCUUUGAA